AAGAGGCUAUCUAUCGCUCGUUUCGUAUGUAUACAUACUUGUCGUCUCUGCUCAAAACCGAAUUAUUCUAUCUGUUUCAAUCAACGAUUCAAUUCUCAGCGUUUCAGGAAUGCCUCCUACGAAACUUUGCGGUUGCUAAAAUCCAUGGUAAUCAACAGAUUCUAAACAACGAACGGCCAUGGCCUGGACUUACUAUCAAAAAGUACUGGCCAUUCUUAUGGUCAUUACUGGAUCCCUCAACACGCUAUCCGUGAAAUACGCGGACCAGCAAAUAGUGGCAGGUCAAGAUGAAGAACCUCGACAUUUCAAUCAUCCCUUCAUGCAAUCGUCAUUUAUGUUUCUGGGCGAAAUGUCUUGCAUGCUGCUAUUUAAAAUUGCUUUUUGCUACUACACCCGGCAGAUGGAUGGCAGUGUCGACUCCAAUUCUUUGACAAAGGGUUCCCGAAAUUUUAGUCCACUUGUAUUACUCGUACCAGCAAUGUGUGAUAUGUUUGCAACGUCUUUAAUGUACGUUGGGCUGAACAUGACGUAUGCUAGUAGCUUUCAAAUGCUGCGAGGCGCAGUUAUAGUCUUUACUGGAAUGCUCUCAGUAGGAUUCUUGGAUCGGAAGUUGGGAUCGAGAGAGUGGUUUGGAAUUUGCCUUAUUAUAAACGGCUUGUCCUUGGUUGGGCUGAGCGAUUUUAUCAUGCAAAAUAACAGCAAUGUCAGUACAAAUUCUAUUAUCACUGGCGAUUUACUCAUCAUUUGUGCACAGGUGAUUACUGCAGUUCAAAUGGUAGUGGAAGAAAAAUACGUCUCUGGAUUGGACAUACCUGCGCUCCAGGCAGUUGGUUGGGAAGGUAUUUUUGGAUUCCUUGGAAUAUGCCUUGCUAUGAUUCCGCUCAAUUACAUAUAUGCGUCGCCACCUUUUGCUGACAACUCUCGAGGCACAUUAGAAGCUACUGUAGAUGCCCUUGUUCAAAUUGGCAACAGCAUACAUUUGCUUAUGGCAAUUAUUGGUAUGACUGUGAGCAUAGCAUUCUUCAACUUUGCUGGCGUAAGUGUUACAAAAGAAAUAAGCGCCACUACAAGAAUGGUGUUAGACAGUGUGAGGACAUUGGUAAUAUGGGCAUUCUCUUUGGCAUUUGAAUGGCAGACUUUUCAUUAUCUUCAGCUCAUAGGUUUUGCAGUUUUACUAAUUGGUAUGUCCUGCUACAACAAUAUUGUUGUACCACAAUUGUUCCGGAAGAUUCGAUGCCGCUUGGGACGUCAUCAGCCCCCCCAGGAUGAAGAAAGCGUUAUCAAUACGGCAGCCGACGACGUUACCAAUAGAGAUGAAUAAAUGUAUUCCUGAUACCAUUGACUCUUAUACUACGUAUUGAAAUCGAAUUGUCGAUGUCAAUAUGCACAAUUGCUACUGAAAGAGAUAAAAGUUGAAGAAAAAUAUUCCACUGGUACCACCAUAACGGAUCAUGGGAAUUUUUACUCUCAUGGAAUGUUGUCAUCGUCUCUACAUAUGCGAUUGGAUCGGUAAACUGUUGCAUUCAUUGUUGAUUUGUUUCACAAGCUGGCUGUAAAUACACAGAUGCCUACUGAGAAUAGUG